CCGUGUGCUAUCACGACAUCCAAUGCUGCCGGAGCUGGACGACGACGACACGGUUAAAGACACGGCAGCUUUGCUUGUUCUCAUUCCAUUCCUCCACUGGAGCGCGAGCGAGUGAUUAGGACUUGAGUCAUCGCCAUCAAGCAUCAAGCAUCAAGCCAAGCGCGUGAGCUCGUCGAUUACGCGUGAGCUCGUCUCCCUCUGAUCUGCUCUGCUCUGCUCCACUCGAUUUCGUUAUAUUCCCCCAUUCCCCUCGCACAAACUCUCUCCAUCUGCUCUGCUCUGCUCCGCCUCCGAGCCCAAUUCUUUCUGAGCCGGAGCCGGAACCGGAGGCGGAGACCCCCUGCCAGCGAUGGAAGGCACCGUGCUGUGCGCGGCCAACCACGCGCCGCUCACGCCCAUCAGCUUCCUCGAGCGCACCGCGCUCGUCUACCCCGACCGCCCCGCCGUCGUCGCCGCCGGCCACGCCGCCGCGCAGCCGCCGCCUCGCACCUGGCGGGAGACCCGGGACCGCUGCCUCCGCCUCGCCGCCGCGCUCGCGGGGCUCGGCGUCGCGCGCCGCGACGUGGUUGCGGUGUUCGCGCAGAACAUUCCGGCCUUCUGCGAGCUCCACUUCGGCAUUCCCAUGGCCGGCGCCGUCAUCUGCGCGCUCAACUCGCGCCUCGACGCCGGCAUGGCGUCCGUGCUGCUGCAGCACUCGGAGGCCAAGGUCGUCUUUGUCGACGCCGCGCUGCUCGGCGUCGCGCGAGAAGCGCUCCGCCUCAUCUCCCAGCAGGCCGCCGCCGCCAGAGCAAGCUGCAGGGUGCCCACCGUGGUGCUAAUCAACGAGGUCCUCGACGAGCCGCUGUCGGCGGCAACAGGAGACAACAAAAUCCCAGGCGUCGAUCGGUGCUACGAGUACGAGGCCCUCCUCAGCAGCAGCAGCAGCUGCAAUCCAGAGGAGUUCUUGAUCCGGUGGCCGGUCGACGAGAACGAGCCCAUCGCGCUCAACUACACGUCGGGGACGACGUCGCGGCCCAAGGGCGUGGUGUACACCCACCGCGGGGCGUACCUGAACACGCUGGCGUCCGUGCUGCUCAACGACAUGACGGCGCUGCCGGUCUACCUGUGGACGGUGCCCAUGUUCCACUGCAACGGGUGGUGCCUGGUGUGGGGCGUGGCGGCGCAGGGCGGCACCAACGUGUGCCUCCGCAAGGUCACCUCCGCCGCCAUCUUCGCCGCCGUCGCGGCGCACAGGGUCACGCACAUGGGCGGCGCGCCGACCGUGCUGAACAUGGUGGUCAACGCCACGGCGGAGGAGAGGCGGCCUCUGAAAGCGGGCGGGAAGCCGGUGACGGUGAUGACGGGCGGCGCGCCGCCGCCACCACAGGUGCUGUUCCGGAUGGAGGAGCUGGGGUUCCUGGUGAUCCACUCGUACGGGCUGACGGAGACGUACGGUCCGGCCACGGUGUGCACGUGGCGGCCGGAGUGGGACGCGCUGCCGGCAGCGGAGCGCGCGGCGAUCAAGUCCCGGCAGGGGCUCCACCACCUGGGUCUAGAGGUGGACGUGAAGGACCCGGCGACGAUGGCGAGCGUGCCCGCCGACGGGCGCACCAUGGGGGAAGUCAUGUUCCGUGGCAACACGGUGAUGAGCGGGUACUACAAGGACGCGGCGGCGACGGCGGAGGCCAUGGCGGGCGGGUGGCUACGUUCCGGAGACCUCGCGGUGCGGCACGCCGGCGACGGGUACGUGAAGAUCCUGGACCGGUCCAAGGACAUCAUCAUCUCGGGCGGGGAGAACAUCAGCACCAUCGAGGUGGAGGCGGCGCUGUUCGCGCACCCGGCCGUGGCGGAGGCCGCCGUGGUCGGGCGGCCCGACGAGUACUGGGGCGAGACGCCGUGCGCGUUCGUGACGCUCAAGGAGGGCAAGGACGUGGGCGCGGAGGAGGUCAUGGCGUUCUGCCGCGCCCGGCUGCCCCGGUACAUGGCGCCACGGACGGUGGUGUUCGUGGCCGAGCUGCCUAAGACGGCGACGGGGAAGGUGCAGAAGUUCGCGCUCCGGGAACAGGCCAAGGCCAUGGGCAGCAUCUCCGGGUCCAGCUCCAAGAAGCCGGGAGGGUCAGGGGUAGCAGGGACGAGGAGCAAGCUCUGAACUCGCGUGUCCCAUCACUGUCGCCAUUGAUGGAGACAUGGAGUCAGUGCAUCAACAACUCGUCGUCGUCUCAUGACUUUUACCCGAACCGUGCGGCAUGUGCAACGAUUCUUGCUUGCACAACCUGAUUCAUUGUUUCAGUAAUAAUGUAUAGUAAUAAUCUUCAUCAAUUAUCUUAAUAAAAAAUGGAGGUGCAUUUGAAAACGAA